AUGCAGAUGCAGCCUGGAGCAGGUGAUGGCCCCGCGAAGACGGCGGCCCCCUGCGGCGGCGGCGCCCCUCCUGUCCGCCCAGCCCCGCCCCAGUGUCCCCGAGCAGCGCAGUCUGCACAGAAGACCAAGCCCAGACCAAGCCGCUUCGACCUGCUGCGGCCGCCCCGCUCCAGCCCCACCCUGCCCCUCCACCCCUCCCAGUCUUGCCCCGCCAACCCUGCUCGCCGCCCGGCGCGCCCGCCUUAUCCCAUGAUCUGGUCGGUCGCGCCCGCCUCAGCCCUUGCUUUGCCCGGCCCCACACUGCCCCGCCGCCCACCGCGCCCACCUCCGCCGCUGCUAUGGCUGGCCGCUGACGCGCCGCUCCGGCUGGAUGUGGCUCGCUCCAGCUUUCCCUGGCCCCACUUUGGCCGGCUGUGGCUCUGCCCCAGCCACACUUGUCUCUGCUACCUCUCUGUGGAAAGCUCUGGUCGCCCGCUCGCCGUGAUCGUUCUCCAGCGGUGA